CGCUUCCGGGUGACGGUGGUCGGGCUCCGCGGGUUCGGACUCCGCCGGUUUCGGGCUGUACUCGUUCCGGGCUCCGCGGGUCCGCAGCGGGUAUCAGGCCCAGCCCCUCUCUGAACCGAGGCUACCUGGUGACCCGAGACCUGACCGGCGGCCUCUCGCGUCCAUACUGCGGGUCGGCUUCGGGGUCCCCUGCGUCCUGGGUGGGGUCUCUGGGCCGCGUCCCCGAACCAAGGACCCCGUCCCCGCUGCACUCAGACCCCUGUCCCGUUGGGUCAGGGCCGAGGCCCUCCCCGGGCCCCGUGGAGUCGGGAUCCCUGCACGGCCCCGUGCGGUCGGGGUCCUCUGGACCCUCCGUCCAGCGCAGGCGGCCCCCAAGGCCCCAGCCGCACAGGCGGUCACUGAGGACGCGGUCCUGAGCCCCACAGGGACCCCUCCACGAGUGUGGGCAGAGGCACACGGGGCCCCGGGUGCGCACGGCCGUGCUGCCCUCGGCUCUGAGAAUGCUGCUUUCCAGGCCUGAGGACGGCGCGGAGGCCCGGACUUCAGCUGCUCUGCAGAUGGCCUGGCCGCGGGAGCCGGUGACCUUUGAGGAUGUGGUGGUGACCUUCAGCCCAGACCAGUGGGCCAGCCUGGAGCCGGCACAGAGGGCCUUGUACCGGAAGGUGAUGCUGGAGAACUACGCCCAUGUGGCCGCCCUGGCAGUGUCCCCAGCCCGCAAACCCGCGCUCAUUCUCUGUCUGGAGCAGGGUGAGGCUCCCUGGGGCACCGAAGACCCUGGAGGCUGCCGGCCUGGGCCCGGGUUCGGGGUCGAGAAGGGGGAGCUGGACCUGGAGCUGGAGCCCCUGGGAAGCGGAAGCGGCAGUGGCAGCGGCGCCCCGGGCGUGGGCUUGGAAGGCACAGCCGCUGGGCCGUCCUCGAGUCUGAACCCGAACCUGAUCCUGCGCGGCGGGAUGAAGUUCUACGGCUGCAGGGAGUGCGGGAAGCUCUUCCGAUACAACUCGAGGCUGGUUCGGCACCAGAUGAGCCACAGUGGUGAGAAGCCCUUCCCGUGCCAGGAGUGCGGCAAGGCCUUCAAGUCCCGCUACGACCGCGGCGUGCACGAGAAGAACCACACGGGCCGGGGCCCCUACGCGUGCGCGCAGUGCGGCCGCGGGCUGAGCUCCAGCACGGCGCUGGCCCAGCACCGGCGCAUCCACACAGGCGAGAAGCCCUUCGCGUGCGCGCAAUGCGGCCGGGCCUUCCGCCGCAGCGCCGCCUUCCUGCAGCACCGCCGGCUGCACACGGGCGAGCAGCUGCACCGCUGCCGCGAGUGCCGCAAGGCCUUCGGCUGCCGCUCGCUCUUCCUGGCGCACCAGCGGGUCCACACGGGCGAGAAGCCCUUCCCGUGCCCGCAGUGCGGCAAGGCCUUCACGCAGAAGGUGGCCGCCGUGCAGCACCAGCGGGUGCACACCGGAGAGCGGCCCUACACGUGCGCCGUGUGCGGCAAGGCCUUCCGGUGGCACGGCAGUUUCGUGCAGCACCGGAAGCUGCACCCCGCGGAGAAGCCCGGCGGGGCUACGGCCCCGACCUCGGCCCCCGCCCGCGGGUUGUGCCCUGUCCCGGCCCUGCCCUCGCUGGCCUUCGCGCCCACCCUGCUCGUCCCCGCUUCUGGGCCGCUGCUGCUGCUGCUGCUGCCCACUUUGGCCGCCUCGGGGGUCCCCGCGUCACCCGCCCAGACAGUGCGCGUCCUCCGGGGCCUCGGCCCGGCCAAGCCCGCCCCACUCCUGGGGUCGCACACCCGCGGCGCGGGGACCAGCACCUCCCCGGCCUAGCGCGCUUCCACCUGACUCCCCUCGGUAGCUGCAUAAGCCCCGUUGAGAUCUAUAAACAACUAGAGCCUGGGUUUAUAAAAGCCCCGUUCUCCUGAGUGGGAGCUGGAAACCAGGACCCCAGCGGCCGUGUCUGCGUGAUGGGGCUGCUGUGUUAGCAGGGCCGGGAGGUCCGUGUGUUUGGGAAGUUGGGGCGGAGGACACCGUGCUGGCUCGCGGGGCCGAGGGACAGGGCCUGUGUGCUGAGCCCCGCCUCCAGCCCUUUUUUAUUUUGAGACGGGGCUCGGUUGCUGAGUUGCCCAGGCUGGGCCUGAGCUGCUUUGGCCUCCCAGCACAGGUGUGACUGGGACGGUGCUCCGCACGUCUCGCCGCUGAGUGGCCUGAGCCACCACAGUACCUGCCCUCCGUCCCACGGGACCGGACCACUUGUCCGGGCGGCGGAAGGGACAGCCACGCAGGGCCGCAGUGUCGGGCCGGCGCGGUCAGUGCGGCUGCCACUGUGCUGGCCCUGCGGGCGUGGAGGGUGGGUCCCGGCUCUGCAAGAGACCGGCGAACACAACAGCUGAAAACGUGCCCGGACAGCGGGCAGCAGGCCCAGAAGUCGGCUCUCGGAGGAGGCUUCUCCCGGAGUGCUGCCUCGAGCCCCGGCGUCCGUCUCCUCGGGGACUGCACACGGAGCGCCAGUUUCCUGUGCACCGGCGCCACGUGUGUCCGCCUCUCCGGGCAGCUUAAACUAAGCGCGGACCUGCCCGGUGGAUCGCUACAGAAACCGCGCAGAAGCGCCGACCAACUCGGGCCCCUCUGCGUAGCUUCCAAAACGGUUUCAGAAUUAGGGGGCUCUGUGAGGUGACUGAGUGGCGUUCUGCGCUGUCCCCGGCCCGGCGCUGAGGGUCCGGGAAGACGUCCCCUUCCGGCAGGGCUGAGGCAGAAGUUCCACUGCCCUCGCUGUCUGGAUAGACGCAUUGGGAGAGAACUUUACGUUGUUUUUAAACUUUACCAGGUGGCUGAAUUCCCUGUGUGACUGUGAAAAACAACUGCCCGCCCUCCUGCCGCCCGCCGGACCUGGUAACCCUGCCCCGUGAGGGUCGCCGGUCCAUCCCGGCUGCUCCCCGCAGCUGAAGCUCCGCUGCUGUCCGCACUUGUUCCUGGGCCGUCGUCUCCCAGCUCUCCGGGUGCCGCGUUGCUCGGCUUGGCACUGUCCCGCCCUGCACACUGGUGCCAGAGCUUGGAGAAUCCGCGCCUGGCGGUCUCGUGUCUCAGGCGGAAGCUGUGUGGAGCUCCGUGCUUCCCGACGAGCGUGCGGCUGCCUGGGUCCCUCCUCACUGCCGGCGGAGUACAGCCGCUGCAGCCCAGCCUGGCAGGAGAAACGCGAGGCUGGCAGCACGGCCACCCUGUCCCCCACCUUCAGGAUCUGCCACACCCAGUGCCCACUGACGUUCAGGUGUAGACAGCAGAACCCACAUCGUCUGGGCAGAAGGGAUUUGCUGCUUAACUGUCCGGGCACAGUGCUCAAGAGGGGAGCACAGGGCCAGGGAUGUGGCUCAGUGGCACCGUCCCUGCCUUGCAAGUGCAAGGCCCUGGGUUCAAUCCCUGGUACCGGAAAAAAAAAUAGGAGCAAGUGUGGAUGGAAAGAACAAAGGCUCCUCCUAGGAAGUGGUAGCUCCAGGGGUCUCUGUUCACCCACCGGGCUGGCUGAUGUCUGUCUGGACUUCAUCAGGCCCUGUGUGUGUCCUUGGAGGAAGUAUGCAGGUCUGGUCAUCUUAUCUUUAUCUUGAGGCCAGGUCUCCAUCAGCUCUGUUUCUAGCCGUGGUUGUGUGUUUCACCUUCGUCCUGACGCUGAGGACCUAUCUGACUGCCGUAGUAUUUCUGCCUCACUCAGCCAUCUAACACUGGGAGGUUUGCUUUGCUCAAGGUGCAGUGGUCUGGGCAGGAGACUGCGGGGCAGAGCUUGACUCCUCUUCUGCAGGGUGUCUUGGCUCAGUGGGAGUCGGGCCCGUGUGUGCAUCCAAGGAGCGGGUUUUAGACUGUGCUUGGGAAAGAAAGUCAGUGUGCAGAACCCUAGGCAGGGAAAAUGUUUGAAAAGAUCAGCUAUAAAAUAUCAGAUAUAGCCAGGCAUGAUGGCGCACACCUGUAACUGCAGCACUUGCAAGGCUGAGGCAGAGGGAUUGCUGUGUGUUUGAGCCCAGCCUAGGCUAUAUAAUGAGUUCAAGGCUAGUCUGAACUACACAGUGAGACCUUGUCCCAAAAACAAAACAAAAAAUCGGAUAUGCAUUGUAGGCAUCGAUGGGGACCUACAUGAAUGAAGGGUGUGCUAUACUCAUGGGUCAGGAAGAGCAGCAUCAAGAUUUAAAUUUUCAUCAGAUGAAUUCAUGAAAUUAAAAGUAAUAGGUGCACAGCUGUAACCCCAGCUCUCUGGGAGGCUGAGCUAGGAAGUUAGAAAGUUUAAGCCCAGCCUCAAUAACUCAGUGAGUUAGCAAGUCUGAAAAUAAAAAAGGGCCUGUGGCUCAGUUUGAAGCCCCUGUACGUGUGUUUGUGAGUGAGGGUGUGUGUGCUACCCGUUGUUAUACUGUAUAUGAUGGUCAUCAAAAACUGAACAAUAAAAAAAUUUCCAAAUCCCACAAACAACCUAACUUGCAAAAAGAAAACCAAAAUAAAAUGAAAACAUACACUGUAACAUAUGAUUUGUAGAGAUUUUAAAAAUCAAAAUGAAUGUACUGUUUAGGAAUGUGUACAUUUUAUAUGAAAUCAGAGAAAGGGUAAGGUUGAACAUCAGUGGCACAGAUAAGAAAAUACAAAAGGUCUUUCCUACCUCCUUUAUGUUUUCCUCUGUCUCAAAUAUUUCUGUCUUUCUCGAAUAUAGUUCAAAAUAUCUCAGAGUAGCGAUUCUCUAAAUACAAGCUGGUCUCUUCAGGCGUAAGUUACAGAGAUCGAGCCUACAGACCCCAUCGCUCCCAGUGCCAGCGACUGCAUAGAAUGUGGCCUGCAGACGUUCGGCAGUGCAGUUCCUUGGAGCUGCUGGAAGCCUGGCCCCGCUUCUGGCCCUCUGCUUCCACUGGCCACUUUGCGACUGCCCCAAGCACACCCGGGUUUAUAUUCUCUGUGUGAUCAGGGUGUUACUAGUGAAGAUUGAUAAUAUUUCAGAUUUGAGUCUCUUGGAAGUAUGUGAUGACUAUCUCGUACAUGCAUGAUUGACAUCAUGAUUUUUAAACCUGUUUUUAUAGAUUAAUUACAUAGAGAUCCCUUUUGUUUUCCUCCUUUUUACCAUUCAUUAUUUUCUGGUCAGUUGAUAUAUAGUAUUAAUAAUAAUAUAUGACUACUACAUGGUGUUGCUUCAUGCAUGUACAUGUACACAGAUGGGAGACGCUGGAGAUGGUUGUGUGUAUGGUGCUCUGUUAGUUUUGUGCAUCAUUUAGCAACUUCCUAAGAUUAAGGUCACACUUGAGGCAGAGUUGGAGAAUGCAUGGCUCAGCAGUCUCCCAAAAAGAGGGGCUUGGGGUCCAGGAAGCGGAGGAACCAACACUUACCACGGUGAAGUCUGCUGUGGGCUUGUUCCAGGCAACAAUCACAAUGGAGCAGGAAGACCCAGGGGAAGCCUGGGGAUAAACCAGAAGGUGGUGACUGUCAGAACACAGAGGAACUGAGUAGUCCUAUCGCCUGGGGCAGGCUGAGGAUCAGGUCACCCUGGCUUCUCUGCAGCAGCAACAGGGGAGGGCCUCCAUGCUCAGAGACAGUGGCUCUCAGCCUGAAAUCCCACCUGGCUCCGGCUCUGAGUAUUCAGCAUCAGCAGAUCCAUGCAAUUACAAAGGCCAUGUGCUGACCUCCUUCCCAACCACUGGAGCCAGAAAAUCAUCUCUGCCCCAUUUGGUAGUGAUUGGCUCAGCUGAGAUUGUCAGCAGAUGAUCAGGCUCCGCAGAAAUGGACUGAGGAGCAGGGGUUCAUACCGUCUUAAACAUUGGCCAGUGAAAACUUCUUAGUCACAAGAGAAAGGACAGUAGCUGUCUAAAAGCUGAGCAACGUCUCGACCAGGUUGUCAGGGCUGACACCAACGAGGGCCAGCUGGGAAUGUCUCUAUGCACAGCUGGUGGAGGGAGUUCUAGCCGGAGAAGGACCUUUGGGUCCAACCUGAGCUGUCCAUUCAGGAGAGUUCCUGUGUGCAUAAACAACAUAAAUGUCACGAAAGACAAACACUGAGGAAAUACUGCAGAUUAAGGAUGCUGAAGAGACAGAAAACUAAUGCAAUCUUUCAUCCGACUGGCUCUCCUACUAGAGGAAAAAUAAACUGCUAUUAAGGA